UAGCUCAUUCCAGAGAUAGUGUUGGAGCAGACACUCACUCUGUGCUCCAUCUAUUCUUACACCGCGCUGCAGAGAGGAUGUGUUGCAACACUAUCAGAGGACUCUGAACCAUUUUGGGAUUUUGUCUAUAAUUACUAUUUCUAAAGGACAUAACAAGAUCUCACAUUUGUGAAAACAGCUGAGUGACGAUGCCGGAGGAGAAAGUAUUCAAGCAGCAGGUCCACAGCCCUCUGGAGCAGCCCAAGAAACAGAAGACUGGAGGGGGGGGGCCCGUCCCCUGUCAGAACUGUGGCAAGCCCUGCAAAGGAGAGGCUCUGCGGGUCCAGAACAAACACUUCCACAUCAAGUGCUUCGCCUGUAAAGUAUGUGGAGCUGAGUUGGCCCAGGGAGGCUUCUUCGUGCGUCAGGGGGAGUACAUCUGUACUCUGGACUACCAGCGAAUGUAUGGGACUCGCUGCUUCAGCUGCCAGGACUUCAUUGAGGGGGAGGUGGUGUCCGCGCUGGGGAAGACCUACCACCCCCGCUGCUUCGUCUGCGCCUCCUGCAAACAGCCAUUCCCCGCCGGCGACAGAGUGACAUUUAACGGGAAGGAGUGUAUCUGCCAGAAGUGUACCGAGCCCCUCCCUGCCAGCAGCCCAGCACCCAUCCAGGCCGUCCACAAUUGCUGCGGCUGUGGGAAGGAGUUUAAGAACGAACAGUCUCUGGUGGCACUGGACAAGCACUGGCACCUCGGCUGCUUCAAAUGCAAAGUGUGCAACAAGGUGCUCAAUGCUGAGUACAUCAGCAAGGAUGGAAUCCCUUUCUGUGAGAUGGACUACCACGCCAUGUUUGGCAUCCAGUGUGAGAGCUGCAAGAACUACAUCACCGGAAAAGUCCUGGAGGCUGGAGAGAAGCACUACCACCCCUCAUGUGCCCGCUGUGCCCGCUGUGAGCAGAUGUUUGCAGAGGGAGAAGAAAUGUACCUGCAAGGCUCCUCCAUAUGGCACCCCCCAUGCAGACAAGCAGCCAAGCAGGAGGAGAAGAGCAAGAAGCAGGUCCGGAUCCAGCUCACUGAAGUCCCUGAGCAGCAGGUGACCCGGACCUCCUCUGAGAGCAUCACCUCGGUCCCAGCCUCCAGCGCCUCAGGCUCCCCCAGCAGAGUCAUCUAUGCCAAACUCGGAGAGGAGAUGCUAGACUACAAGGACCUGGCAGCCCUCCCAAAGACCAAGGCCAUCUACAACAUCGACCGGCCAGACAUGCUGUCCUACUCUCCGUAUGUCAGCUUCCCGUCUGAGGAGAGGCACUACGGAGAGUCCCCACAGCUGUUUCCUUCUACCCCUUCUGAGGGCGAUGGGGAGAAGUCCCCCCGUCAGCGGAGGCCCUCCAGCCCCAGCUCCAACAGCUCUCUGGGGGGCUACGGACGCUACACCCCGUGCCGCUCCCCCCAGAACUACAGCCGUCCAGGGCCAGAGGUAAGCCUUGGGGGUAGACCCAGCAGCCAGGCCCGAGACUCCAGCUCUCUCCCCCUGCCUCCAACCCUUGUGGGGGCCAUUAGAUGCCCCUCCACUGUGGCCAGGGACUCACCUUCUGUCCCUGCUCACUGUCCUGCUGGGGCUGAAGAGAGUGGGGGUGGUGGUGGCAAGUUGUCGCCCACACCAGUAGUGGGCAGUGCAGGCUUGUCCUAUCACCUGAACCCCACCACCCUGGCCAUGCUGCAGCAGCACAACUACAUCCCUUACUUCAGAGGCAGUGAGAGUGGGCGGAGCACCCCCAGCUUAUCCACCUAUUCUGAUGGCAAAUCCCCUUCCUCUACCUCGACAUAUGUGGCUGCUCCGCGGCAUUUCCACGUUCCAGAGACUCUGGUCAAAGAUAAUAUCUAUAGAAAACCCCCCAUCUACAAACAGCAUGCUUCUAGAACAUCCUGGCAGGAUGGGGAGGAUAGUAAGAGGACCAGUUGGAUGAUUUUAAAGAGUGAGAUAGAUGGCCAGAUGGGCCCUGAGGAGCUGGACCCCUGCAAGUCCACCUGCAGUCUGCCCACCGACACCUCGCAGCCCAAUUUCCCCUACAAUAAGACUGCAUCAUUACCUGGCUAUGGAAGGAAUGGCAUCUACAAGGCUGCUGAGAUGAUGGAGGAUGAAGUGGACCCAGACUCCCAAAGCUGGGGAGGCAUGAGAGAAUACAAGAUCUACCCUUAUGAAGUUCUGGCAGUGACGCAUAGAGUGAAAGUGAAGCUUCCCAGGGACGUGGACCGCACCAGACUGGAGGUGAGCUCUAAUCCUAAUCUAAUCUAACACAGGCUGUUAAAAGAGAAGUGAAGGCACAGCCAGAGAGCUGAAAUAGGAAGGAUCAAGUAUCAGCCAGGUCUUUCAUUUCUGUAAAGAUGGUUUCCAUAUGGCCUCCUUUUGUUUUUAUAAACAAUGGAUAACUCUUUGGCCAAAAUAUGUGGACAGGGGUGUCAUUAUUGGAAUUGUAUUGUGUCAUGAAUCAUGAUACAGGCUAGGCUCCGUGUCAGAGAGCAGCUCUGAGUGAAGUGUUAUCCCAGAAAAAUAAAACAAUUGUAGUACAAACGAAAAAGGAAAACCACAGGAGCUCAUAUUUAAUGCCCAGUGCCCAAAUUAUUUUUAGACUACAUAUCUUUCACUUUACUUCAGAAAGAAAAAAAACGAAUUUAGUUUAAUAUAAUACAAUUAAAAUCGAUUUCAUUUUUUCUCUACCCGAAUGAUAUUCUUGACAGCUUGUUUGCAAAUGGAUUUUGAGUAUCAUGUGAUAGGAUACAAUUGGCAUUACAUUUAAUUGAAGUUAAAAAUGCAGAUUUACUUUUUGUUGCUGGUGAAAAUAAAUGUUGUAGGGGGUUUAAUUUAGGGGGUUGAAAUUACCAUUUUGAGCUCUACAGCCUUCUGUGUAUCUAUCCUCAAAUGACUUGAUGAAUAAUUAGGAACCUACAGAAACCUAAAGAUACAUUUCACAUCCAUUUCAGUUCAAUGUUGAUUCAAUACAAAUGGAUUCAGCAGGGAUUUCAUAUUAAUUCAGAUCAGAUAGCAUAUUUUCAAUUGUUAAUUUAUUGAAUUAGGUUUAAUCCACCCAAAGUAGAAACAUUGAUGGAAGGAUCUUUAGAUAUCCUGCUACAUCAGUAA